AUGUUGGACGCCAGGUGGUCAUGGAUAUCGAUCAACAUCCUGGGCUACUUGGCUACCUUGGAUGAUCACAUUGCUCACGUCAGAGUAGUUCUGGAAUGCCUCCUGGCCAACCACCUGUAUGUCAAAGCGGAGAAGGGCCAAUUCCAUCAGGAAGCUGUCUCCUUUCUGGGUUACCAGAUCGGCACGCAAGGAGUCAUGAUGGAUGAGAGGAAAGCGGAUGCUGUCAGGUCAUGGCCAGUCCCAACCACCAUUAAGGGGUUACAACGUUUUGGGGGAUUUGCCAACUUCUACUGCCGAUUCAUUAAGACCUUUCGCUCGAUCGCCUAUCUUCUCACUUCUCUCCUCAAGGGUGGUUCACGGAAGUUGGGAUGGAAUUCUGCAGCUGACGAAGCCUUCUGCCUACUGAAGGGUCGUUUCAGCUCCGCCCCAUUUCUUAAACCACCAGAUCCUACGCUGCCCUUCGUGGUAGAGGUGAACGCGUCAAAAGUAGUUGUGGAGGCUGUCUUGUCCCAACGUCAAC